AUGAAGCUCUCGUCAGCUACAAUCGGCCUCAUCGCACUCUGCGGCACUAGCAAUGCCUGGUACACCACGAUCCGCGAGAACAACUGCAGGAGCUCGCCUCGAUACUACUCGGUGAUCGGGACAGGCAAAUUCCAGUUCAAUCCCUGGAAGGGACCCCCAUGGAAUGGCUGGAUCGAAAAUUGCAGUUACUUCGAGGACCACGGCAACAGGGGACCUUUCAGGUGCGACGGCCCAAAUCCGGGAUUCAAGGCUGUGGCUGUGAAAGUGAGCAUUGGGAAGUGUCGUGCUGUUGAUCGCGCCAGAGGCGUGUCGCAGUAUUUUGCUGCUGCCCCUAUCUGCAACUUGAGGGAUGGGAGGGACUGGUCGGGCUUCGUCUGCGAGGACUGA